ACCUUAGAAAGAAAGACGUUACAAAAAAAUUCUACCACCCUCUUCAGCACGUGCAGCAAAUAAACCGGGUCAACGCUUAUUUUGUUAUUAUUUUAUUGACAUUCUUUUUAAUUCAAAACAAAAACUAAAACCCUUAACCACCACUCAAGUUCCAUAUUAAUAUCAAAUUACAAUUAACAAUCUCCAUUUGUUCAUCUAUUUAUAACUCACGCUGAGUGACAUUUCUCCUUCCCACAUAUUUUUCAUUCAUCAUUUUUGUUCGCCAACAUAAAAGUCUGCCACUAAUUGGGUGUGACAAAUAAAAUAGUGCGAGGCCGGUCAGUAACCAAAAAUAUUGUCUAAUUAGAAAAUUUAUAAAUAAAAAUAAUAUCAAAAUGGGCAAGAAGCAACAACAAAAGAAAAAGCAACAUCAGGCUCAACAGCAACCGCACCAAGUGUCUGCUUCUGCCGAUCAACAACCGACGACUUACACAGCCAAGGAUGUCACUACUGCCACCGCGACCGGUGGCGGAUUCAAACGGAUUUCGGCCCAAAAAAGAAAUGAACUCAACGAGUUAGUCAUGAAUCUGCGGAAGAUUACAUUUAUGCGUAAAAUCAAUCCAAACGAACAGUGGCAGGACUACGUUGAGAUGCAGGCGAUUCUCGAGCGCAUCCAGACGAUUGAGAGUUGUCUGAAAUUCAAGAGUUCUGGUGGUCGGAACCGUGCCGCGAAUGUGGAAGCCUUCAACAAAUGGGCUGACGAUAAUGAAGUCAAACACGAUGGUGUUCGGAUUCGUGAAUUUCCUGGAUUCGAUUUGGGAUUGGAGGCAACCAAGGACAUCAAAAAAGGUGACCCCAUCAUAAUUGUUCCCCGCAAACUAAUUCUCUCCGAAGAAUUGCUUGGAUCGAGAAUGUCGAUGUUGCCGUUCGAACCGAAAAUGAUGUCCAAUCUAAAGUUGACUUAUGUUCUGAUGUGGGAAAAGGUGAAUCCGGAGAGUUUCUGGAAACCCUACAUCGACCUGCUGCCCGAGAAAUACUCGACAGUUUUGUAUUAUUCUGUGAAUGAUAUGCAAGAGCUGAAGGGGACCAGCGCCUUGUCACAAGCAAUCGCACAAUGCAAGAACAUUGCGCGACAGUACGCAAUGAUGUAUCAGAACUUCCAACAGAUGAAGCAGAAAAGCCACUUGGCCGAAAGAUUCAGCUAUGAUUUAUACAGGUGGGGUGUUUCUACUGUCAUGACACGAGAGAAUAUCAUCCCGCGACUGGAUCAACCCGAGGACGAAGAUUCAACCCACGGAUUCGAUACAAUAGCUUCACUGAUACCCUUUUGGGACAUGGCCAAUCACAAAGACGGCACCAUAACGUCCUUUUUCAAUAUGGAACUAUGUCAACUUGAAAGCUCUGCUCUGACGGACUUCCAAAAGGGUGAACAAAUAUUUAUCUACUAUGGAGACCGUUCAAAUGCCGAUUUACUUGUGCAUAAUGGUUUUGUUUAUCCUGACAAUAAAAAGGAUAGCGUCAGUAUAAAACUUGGCCUGAGUAACUCUGAUGAGCUCCUGGCCGAACGUACCAAACUACUAGAAAUCCUAGAAAUACCAAAGAAUGCGGAGCUUAAAGUGUACCAAGCUCCACUCUUCAUCUCACCGAAAUUGCUGGCAUUUGUUCGAGUUUUCAAUAUGAACAAAGAACAAUUAGAACAUUGGAUUGAAAACCGUGCCGCAGAUCUCUUUCACAUCGAUUGUGCAUUAGAAACUAGUCUUGAGUCCAAAACAUGGCUGUUCCUUCAGACUCGACUGAGUCUACUACUAAGAGUCUUCCCAACAACAUUGGAAGAAGACGAACUGGCACUUCAAAACCACGAGAAAGGCCAAACAAAAGUGGGCUAUUUGAAAGGUCUCAUCUUGCAAUAUCGAAUUUUGGAAAAAAGAAUUCUUAAAAAUGCCCUAGACUAUGCCAAACAAAGAACAAAAGCUUAGAGACACAUACAAGCAUUUUGUUAAUCACCACAUUAAUGAAAAUGUUGUGGUGCUGGACUCUGAAACUCUCUGGAUGUCGAAUCGAAAACGAAUAAAUAUAUAUUUUUGUAAUUUUUUGAGCAUUUUAAAGCCAUAUCACAAAGACUUGUAGCCCUGUUUGAAUAUUGUUGGUGCAUUUUUGGUUGUUUAUUGGCAGUGAAUAAAAAAAAAAGUGUGAGUUGUAGGUUCAAAAUUAAUGUUUCUCAGUUGUAUUAAUAUUAACGAACAAUUUAAUGUAUUUUGAGUGUUUUUUUCCUUUUUGUAUUUACUUAUUUAUUUCUUUUUUUUAAUUUACUUACUCUAGAUACUUAAGUGCAAGUAUAUUUUUGUUUAUCAUGGAUUUAUUUAUUUAAAUAAAUAUAUACACAA